AGAAAAGCAAAGCAGAAAUAAAAACAUGGACCAGACCAACAUCUAGAAAUUUGUUCAGGCACAAGCAAAUGCCUAGCUAAUUGUGGCCACACUCUCUUCUUUCUCUUCUCCUUCUUAUAAUAAUUGGUGCCUCACUUAAUACCCCAUCUCAGGAUGGCCAAAACAGGUACAAAGUUGCCUAAUUUCUGCUUAAACAGAAUUAGGCCUCAUGCUAGAGUUCGUUCCCCUCCUGCACAAGCACAAUCCAAGCCAGCUGAGAAUGUGAUCAGUUCCACCAAAGCUGAGAAUGAUUCUGGCCAUAUCAAAGAAGAAAAACUUGGUGAUGGUGCAAAACCCGUGUUGUUAAUUGGUAGGAGAAUAAUGAUUGUGGUUGAUUCAAGCUUCGAAGCUAAGGGAGCUUUACAGUGGGCACUCUCUCACACUGUUCAGAACCAGGACACACUUAUUCUUCUCUUUGUAACCAAGCCUUCUAAGAAAGGCAACAGUCAAGGGUCCAGAGAGGAGAAAGCUCCAAGGGCUUAUGAAUUUAUUGACUCUCUCAAAAAAAUGUGUCAGUCCAAGAAACCUGAGGUGAAAAUUGAGGUUGCAGUUGUGGAAGGGAAGGAUAAAGGACCUACAAUAGUGGAAGAGGCAAGAAAACAAGGGGUGUCAAUGCUGGUUUUAGGACAGAAAAAACGCUCCACAACAUUGCGGCUUCUGAUGAUGUGGGCAGGCAAUAGGGUUGCUGGUGGUGUGGUGGAGUACUGUAUUCAGAAUGCUGAUUGCGUGGCAAUUGCAGUGAGAAGGAAAAGCAAGAAGCUUGGAGGGUAUUUGAUCACUACAAAGCGUCAGAAAGAUUUUUGGCUCUUGGCUUAGUUUUGCUGCAUAAGUAAAUAUUAAUUAAUUAUCUGAAGCCUUGUGAUCAUGAGAGUAAGUUAACCACAUGAGAAAGUAUGAUUGUUGUCUGUAUUGUCUGUAAAUAAUAAAUCAUGCUGAGUUAUGAAAAAGA